AUGCUACGGAGGCGCCUGCUCUCAUCCACGCCUCUCUCUCGACCCCGCCCCACCUUCAUCAGAAACAGUUCGCAAACGACGCACACCCGCACAAUGGCUUCUUCCUCGCUGCCAAAGGUCAAACCCUACUCGCAGGGUCAGGCCAAGAUCCGCAACUCGGAGCCGAUGAAGGAGGGCAAGUGGAUCGGACUCGAGAAGAUUGACUGGACGGACGAGGACGGUAAGGACCGAGUGUGGGAGAUGGCCGUUCGUAAGACGACUUCGGAGGGAGGAAUCGACGCCGUUGCGAUCGCUGCACUGCUCAGACACCCGAGCAAGCCUGUCUCGCUUCCCAUCAUCCUCCAGUACCGUCCGCCAAUCCGCAACAUCUGCGUCGAGUUGCCCGCAGGCUUGAUCGACAAGGGCGAGUCUCCGGAGAAGUCGGCAAUCCGGGAGCUGUACGAGGAGACGGGCUACGGCGGCAAGGAGUUCGAGGGACGCAUCGAGGUGCUCGAGGUGGGAAGCACGAUUGUCAGUGAUCCCGGCAUGAGCAAGGCAAACAUGUCGCUCGUCACGCUGCAAGUCGAGCUGAAGGAAGGCGAGGAGGAGCCCACGCCUCAUCUUGACGAGGGCGAGCAUAUCGACGUUCGUGUCGUCCCAGUCGCCGAGCUCUAUUCGCAUCUUCAGGCAUUCGAGGAGCUCGGAUACACCGUCGACGCACGACUGCACCACUACGCAGCAGGGAUCGAGGCGGCGAAGAAGCUGUUUGGGCAGGGCAGCGAGAGGUUGUGA